UUGAUUCUGUGUUGUUGGAGUGGAAAUUUAGUGAAGUUUUACCUCAAAAAUUAUACUUUUUAAAAGUAAUAGGUAUUAUUUAUGAAGAGUUAUGGAUUCUGAAUAUCUAAAACAGCAUGUUGGUGAAGCUUUGGCCAUUGGUUUGACAGAAAUUGUUGAAAAAAGGCCAGUAGAUCCUAUCGAGUACUUGGCUUACUGGCUGAGAAAAUACGUAGAAAAUAGAGAUUUUGAGCUCAAAAAAAAAGAGGAAUUAGCUGCUCUUGAACUUGAGAGAACGGUUGCCAAGGAUGAAAGGGAACGACAGAUGAAAAUGAUGGAAGAAGCAGAGGUAAUUGCACGACAAGAAGCAUAUGAAAAGGCAGCUCAAGAAGAAGUAGUUGUUGACACAGCACCAAGACCAAUGCCGCCUGAAGUAUCUGGGACACUACCGGCUGUUGCUGAAGGUGAUGAGGAAGAAGACGAAAAACAGGAAGAAGCAAAGUCAUCAGACACUGAUGCCAAAACCAAAGACACAACUACAAAGGAAGAAGGUCAGUUACCAACACUAAGUGAAGAAGCUGAAAAUGAAGAGAAUACGAAUGAGACUCCUCAAAAAGAUGAACAAAUAGAAAAAACAGAAGAAACAAAUGAAACAGAGAAACCCAAAACAGAAGCAGAGGAACCCAAGACAGAUGCAGAGGAACCCAAAACAGAAGCAGAGGAAUCCAAGACAGGAGCAGAGGAACCCAAGACAGAUGCAGAGGAAACCAAGACAGAUGCAGAGGAACCCAAGACAGAUGCAGAGGAGGAAAUACCCCAAAAACAAUCAGAGGAGCCUAAGGCAGAAACAGAGGAACCAAAAACAGAAGCAGAGGAGAACAAACAAGAACAGCAAGAGGAAGAAAAGGAAGCUGCAGAAGGAGUCCAAGCUGAUGGUGCAAAUGCAUCUGAAAAAGAAAGUGAAAAUCCUGAUGAUACCACAGAAGCUGAGAAAGAAUAAUAAAUAUGAAAUAUGUAAUAUAGUGUACAAAUUUGUACUUUCUUUGUCAAUAGAUGUUUAGUCAUCAAUAAAUUAUUCACAUUACGAUA